GUUAUGUCCUAAACUUUGAUGAGAACAGUGAACAUGACGUCAUUGAUACUGUACAAAUAAAUGCUGUUGGAGAAAAAGAUUUUUUCAACUUCAAUAAAUAUAAGAAAAUGACGACAAAGCCAAACAGAUUACACACUACCACAAUCAGACCCACGGUGAAAUUAAAGGGUAUUAGAUACGGGGAAUAUGCUGAAGCCGAUGAUGAUGUCGAAGAAGAGGUCGAUAAAGAAGCCGAUCUUAACAAAAGAAGUAAAAAAGUUUUGAAAACAUUUAAUGCAAAGAUAGGUGUUGGCGCAAGUAAAACCUUAAAGGCCGACAGUGGUAAUGAUAUAGUGAAAGAUCCGCUCGAUGCAAAGACUGAAAUUGUACUCAAAGCAAUAUCUGAUAAGACAAACGCUGUCCUAUCUAGAACAGGAUCCGAACAAAUUGACUAUAUAUCGCCAAGUCAGUCAAGCACUACGUCAACAUAUGCUAAAGAUAUCAAAACCAAACAGUUAGAUAAUGUGGAUCCAGAUAUUAUAAAUGUUGAUGACACUGGACUCAAGGCUGAACUAAGAGACACAGAUAUUUCUCCACGUGUAAAAGGUUAUCAAGCGGUCCAACAAAACAGAAAACCAUCCCCGUUGCAACAUUCAAACACGUUGGAUUCCAGGCUAGCUGGCAAUAAGGUAAACACUGGUAGUGGUGCUAAGCGACUUUCAACAGCAAAUGAUUAUGCUAGCCGCAGAAGAAGCUCUCUGUUCCGGAAACGCACAUUCGACAUUCCGAUUGGUCCAAGUACCGAUUACGCCGUCCCAGACAUCCAUUCAUUGCGCAUAGAUAAAACACAAAACUCUACGUUUGUGUUGCUAGUCACAUAUGCUCGUUCCGGGUCCACAUGGCUUGGAGAAAUAACCAACCAAGCGAAUCAGUCAUUUUAUGUCUUUGAACCGCUACAGAAGUUUAUUGUUCAAGGAUAUUACAAAGAGAACCAAGUCUGUUACAAUAACAACACAUGUCGGAAACCCAGAAUAUUUACAGAGACUUACAACUUUGCGCUUACCACGUUUCAUCGUUUAUUCACGUGCCAAUUAACAAAACUCCACCCAAAAGCAUUUAACGUCUUCAUAAAAAAUUUGAAAAGUCGCCAUUAUGCAAGGACUUUUAAAAGUUGCAUAGUAUCGUAUGGUUCAGUAAUGAAGUGCCUGCAAAGACUGGAGGAUAUAUGCAUUACAACAAAACAUCGGGUAUUGAAAACUAUCCGCAUUUCCAUGGAACUUGUUGACAUUAUGAUGAGCCUGUGGCCAAAUUUGAAAGUCGUUCAUCUGGUUCGGGAUCCAAGGGGUAUAACUAACUCGCGUCUCAGUAGCAGAACGUUUGCAAUGGCGCGGCAACUUGUUCCGCAUUCUAUAGACAUGUGCAACCGGAUGUUAGAUGAUAUUCAUCUUGAUGACGUAUUGAAAGCAAAAUAUUUUGACAGGUUUAGACUAGUUUUCUACGAAUCGCUGGCUGAAAGACCUUUAGAAGGAGCGAAAUUUUUGUAUGAAUUUCUUGAAAUGAAACUUACUAAAGAUGUGAUGAAAUGGAUUUAUAAUAGCACGCAUGCGCAGAAGAAAACCGGAUAUUAUGGUACAAUGCGGUCUGAUUCGGUGAAAAGCGCAUACCAAUGGAGAACUAGAUUACCUUUGUUUAAAAUUAGAAUUAUUGACAAACAUUGUAUGGAUGUUUAUAAAAUUCUCGGGUUCAUGAUUUUAAGCUCCACGGAAGAGCUUCUAGAUUUAGAUAUUCCUUCUAGACAGACACUGAACAAACCCUACUGGUUUUCAUAAUAUGAUUGUUAUAUUAUCAUUGAACUCAGAUCAUUUUCUACCAGUGAAUAAAUACAUUAUUUGUUAUAUUAACAUAAAAAUAUGAAAUCCUGAAAUAAUGCUAUAUUUCAAUAA